ACUGGCCGUUUUAGUCCUCCCAUUCAUUUGCUUUCAUAUUAACAACUUGAAUAUGAAGUGUCACUCUCUAAACUGUAGUCAAUCUCUUGCUCCUAUUGCUAAAAGGUUAGAGGACAAGGUGGUCAUAAUCACCGGCGGAGCAAGUGGUUUUGGCGAAAGCACUGUGAGGUUGUUUGUCCGCCAUGGUGCCAAGGUGGUCAUUGCGGAUGUUCAGGAUAGUCUAGGCCAGGCACUUUGUGAAGAGCUUGGCUCCAAACAUAGUGUUACCUAUGUACAUUGUGAUGUCACCAGUGACUCUGAUGUCAAAAAUGUGGUUGAUACUACAAUGUCCAAGUAUGGCAAACUCGACAUCAUGUUCAACAAUGCUGGUAUAACGGGCAACUUGGAUCAAACAAUUCUUGGGGCGGAUAAUGAGAACUUCAAAAGGGUUUUCGACGUCAACGUGUUUGGUGCAUUCUUGGGUGCCAAACACGCCGCUAGAGUCAUGAUCCCGGCUCAAAAAGGUGUCAUUCUCUUUACUGCUAGUAUUGCUUCGGUCAAUGCCGGUGAGUCGCCUCACGCCUACACGGUGUCGAAGCACGCGAUAGUUGGGCUGACCAAGAACUUGUGUGUGGAGUUGGGACAGUAUGGGAUAAGGGUUAAUUGCAUAUCUCCUUGUGCUGUUGCUACCCCAUUGCUCAGAAAUGCAAUGGGGAUGGAGAAGGGCAUGGUGGAGGGAUUGGUUUGCGCUUCGGCCAACUUAAAAGGGGUGGUGCCGACCGCGGAGGAUGUGGCGGAGGCCGCCUUGUACUUGGGCAGCGAUGAGGCGAAGUAUGUUAGCGGACUUAACCUUGUGGUGGACGGCGGUUAUAGCACAACCAAUCAGUCUUUCAGUUUGGUACUUAAAAAUUUGAUGAUGCAUUGAGCCAAAUUGGAUGCUAUCCUAUGUAUAUGUUAUGGUUUGGAUGGUUGAAAUUUUAUUUUUGCUUUUGAUUCCUUAAUUUGAUGGGUAAGCACUCAAGUGAUACUUAAAAUGUGCAACUUUAGGUUGGUUUGAGUCUCCAAUGACAUUAUUGCCUUCUAUGGUUGAGAAUUAAGACUUUCUGUUUUAGGUUUCUUUGUUGGUUAUGCAAUUGGAAAGGCAGUAGAUAUAAAGUUGUAUGUAUUGAUACAUACAUACAUACAUACAUACAUAUAUAUAUCUUAAUUCUCAACCAUAGAAGGCAAUAAUGUCAUUGGAGACUCGAACCAACCUAAAGUUGCACAUUUUAAGUACCACUUGAGUGCAUACCCAUCAAACUAGGGAAUCAAAAAGCAAAAAUAAAGAGAGCAAAAAAUAAAAAAUCAGAGUGUAAAAAGAAGAGAGAGAGAGAGAGAUGGUAACGUGGAUCCGAUUUUGGAGAAUGCAUAUGGUAGUUGUGUUGUGACUGUAGUGGUGAAGAUGGUGGCUGUGAUGGUGUGGAUAUAGCGGUAGUAAUUGAGGCAAGGACGAUGAGAGAGAUUAAGGAGAGAUUGAAUAAAGAUAUUAGCUAAUUAUGGUAAAUUAACUAUAGUUAGAUCUGAUAAAGUAAUAAGGUGUAAUUUUCCUAAUUGACUUUUGAUUCGUUGAAAAGUCCGUUGUUUUGAACUGCAUAAGAGCUUUCAUGUAUAUGGUAUUUAUUAUCUUUUUAUUUUUGAAAGGUAUAUACAUGCCAUUGCCUAAAUGCAAUUGGGUAACCAUGGGACGGGUUUACAAAGGCUCCAAAGGGGCAAUUGAUUCUCUCAUGAUCUCUGUAGAUCUGUACAUUGCUCGUGUGAUGACCAAGUUUAUUUUUAUUUUUA